AUUUGACAAUGUCAAUGAAGUGAAUCUGUGAAUUUUUUGUUGAGCAGCUGAUAGAAAUAGGGUUAUUUAACUUAAAUCCUUUCAUUUCUCUAUAAAAAUGAAUAAACACAGAAUAUUUAUACGCAUACUUGAAUCUUCUAAACCCGUGAGAGUAGUUUCAAGAUCAAUCCAAACAGAACCUAGUGAAGCUACAGCAAAUACAUCAUCAAUCGACUAUUGUGCAGAUAUAGUAAAGUAAUUAGUACAAUAUUUGUAAAAAACAUUAAAUAUUUGUGUAAUAUUAAUAUAGAUGUACGUCGCAGAAGAAGCAUUUGGAAUUUUAGACCAACCAAUAUAUCGCAUAUUCUGGUACUUUAUGUAUUUUGCAGAUAGACAGCAUGAUUAUGAAAACUUCUUGGCUACUCUUCUGAUGACGAAGUCUCUACGCUCUCCUGCCUUUGUAUUGAGAGCUUUCAACGUAGAAGUAGCUCGAGUGCAAGACUUAACAUCUGAUUCACAAACGGCUGCAUUCCGGUUACAAUUCUGGCAUGAUGCCCUUAAGGGAAUGUUUAACAAAGAACAGACACUAAAAGACGUACCUGCAAAUCCUGUAGCACAAGAGCUGUUUAAGGUAUGUUGCUGUUAUGGAUUGCAACGGAGACAUUUGGAAAAACUAAUCACAUCAAGAAGUAACAUGAACAAGGCUAAAUAUUUUAAAAGUUUAGAGGACAUUGAGAAAUAUGCUGAAGACUCUGUAUCUUCUGUGUAUUACCUUCUCUUAGGUAUAGGAGGAGUUAAAGAUGUCCAUGCUGACCAUGCUGCAUCACAUUUGGGAAAGGCUCAGGGUAUAACAAAUAUACUAAGAUCUGUCCAUGUAUCCAGUCGUCAGAAGAUAGUUUUCUUGCCUAUGGAUAUACUUAUGAAGUAUCAGUUAAGUCAAGAAAAUGUCCUCAGAUGUACUGACAGUGAACAAAUGAGGAAUGCAGUCUUUGAAAUUGCUUCAAGAGCAAAUAGCCAUUUAGAAAAGGCAAGAAAAAUAAAUGUUCCUGAAACUGCCAGGCAGAUAUUUCUACCUGCUACAGCUGUCCACAACUAUUUAACGAAACUUCAAAAGAGAAACUUUAACAUAUUCGACAGGUCACUCUUCCAAGCUAGUCCUAUCCUACCAUUCAAACUGUACUAUAACAGAUGCGACCGUUACGACAAAUCCGACCGACACUACAAAUACGACAAUUCCGAGCGACACGACAUAUCCGACCGACACGACAGAUCCGACCGACACGACAGAUCCGACCUACGCGACAAAUACGACAAAUCCGACCGACACGACAGUUGCGACCGACACGACAAACACGACAAUUCCGACCGACAUGACAGAUCCGACCGACGCGACAAACACGACAGACACGACAAAUACGAUAAAUCCAACUGA